GUCGUUGGACCUAAAGUAUGUACUACUUCACUAAACCCCGUCAUGGCUUCUUCUAGGUUUGUUGUUACCAUGUUACUAUCAUUCUUAUUUCUCUUCUUACUAUCAUCACCGGAAAAUGUCGCCGCCGCCCCCUACACAUCCCUCUUUAGCUUCGGGGAUUCGUUAGCCGACACCGGAAACCUCCUUCAUCUCUCACCGGAAACCAACCGGCCACCCCACUAUGCCCUCCCACCUUACGGAGAAACCUUCUUCCACACCCCCACCGGCCGAUUUUCCGACGGCCGUGUCGUCAUCGACUUCAUCGCCGAUAGUUUGGGGCUUCCCUUUCUUCCGCCGUAUGUCGGGGAGGAGAGAAAUGAAAGUGGCCGCCGGAAUUUCGGUGAAGGUGCGAAUUUCGCCGUCGGCGGUGCUACGGCUCUGGACGACGCAUUUUUUAAGAAAAUUGGACUCUUUAAUCUCACCCCUAAUAUCUCAUUGGACUGCCAAUUGAAUUGGUUCAAGGAAAUGUUACCAACCAUUUGCCAGUCCUCAUCAGAAUGCAAGGAAUUUCUAAAAAGCUCAUUAGUAGUAGUGGGUGAAAUCGGAGGAAAUGAUUACAACCAUGCAUUCCUUGGAGGAAUAUCAACCAAUUUUAUUAAAUCAUACGUCCCAAACGUUGUCUCCAAAAUUGGCUCAGUUGUCCAUGAAUUGAUUGGCCUAGGAGCCGUUACACUACUUGUGCCAGGAGAGCUCCCAAAGGGAUGCUCAACAGCUUACCUAGCAACAUUCAUCAGCUCAAACCAGACCGACUACGACCCCGAAACUGGUUGCCUCAAUUGGCUAAACGACUUCGCAAAGUACCACAACAGCCUUCUGAUUAACGAACUUAACCGCCUCCAGAAACUUCACCCCCACGCUACAAUCAUUUAUGCUGAUUAUUACAACGCGGCAAUGCAAUUUUACCUCACCCCAGACACAUUAGGAUUCAAAGAAGGGGCAGUUGUAGCAUGCUGUGGGGCAGGAGGUGCAUACAAUUUCAAUGCAUCUUUUUUAUGUGGGUACCCUCCAACAAAAGCCUGUGCUGACCCAAAUUUGUAUGCUAAUUGGGAUGGCAUACAUUUAACAGAAGCUGCCUAUAAAUGGUUAGCCCAUGGUAUACUCACCGGAGCCUAUACCAACAAAAACCUUAAUAUAAUUUCUACUUCCUUCAAAGCCACUUCUUAAAUUAUUUUGAUAAGUAAUAAUUUUAUGUAGCUUAAGCGUACAAGAUAGAGGCACCGCCUAUUAUGUAAGCACCAAAUAUGUACGGUGCUAGGUGUAUAAUAUAUGUCACAACUCACAACACUUGGGAGAAAUAUAUAGUACCACCUAUCAUUCAGUACGAGUUGUUUUCGGUUGUUGUAUUUAAAAUAUUCAA